ACGUCACGUGACCAAGCUUUUCGGUUUGAGCAAGAUGUCGGCUCGUCCUCUCUGUUGUAGUCUUUUGGUCAUGUUUACAUGAAAAUUCCUGGGUUAGUCUGCUACUUCCUGACGUUUUUUAGUCGUCAAUACUUUACUUCAAUAUAGGACUGAUCGAGUAAGUCCAGUUUUCCAUCCUGAAAGAUUGUUAAGUAUGGGACAGACUUUAUCAGAGCCGGUUACCACUAAGGAGACGUCAUCAUGCAGCAACAAGAGCUACAAACUUGCAUCAUCCUGUAUGCAAGGCUGGCGCAUAAACAUGGAGGAUGCACACACAGAGAUCUUAUCUCUCAAGGAAGACAAAAAUACCGCAUUUCUUGGUGUAUAUGAUGGGCACGGUGGGGCCCGUGUAGCACAGUAUGUUGGGCAGAAUCUACAAAAGAAAAUAGCCUCCCAGCCGGCGUGGGCGAAGGGCAACGUCAUUGAAGCUCUCAAGAAGGGUUUUCUCUCCUGUGAUACAGAUAUGUUAAAAGAUGAACAGAUGAAAGAUGAAGUAGCUGGCACAACGGCAGUAGUUGUUGUUAUAAAGAACAAUAAAUUAUAUUGUGCAAAUGUUGGAGACUCAAGAGCUAUAGCCUGUAAGAAAGGACUUGUAGAACAGUUAUCCUUUGACCAUAAACCAAGUAAUGAAGAGGAAACAAGAAGAAUUAUUGCUGCUGGUGGAUGGGUGGAGUUUAACAGAGUAAAUGGAAACUUAGCCCUUUCAAGAGCUCUUGGAGAUUUUUGUUUCAAGAAGAAUGACAAAAAGCCCCCAGAGGAACAAAUAGUUACAGCAAUGCCAGAUGUAAUUGUCAAAGACCUCACCCCAGAUCAUGAGUUCCUGGUUUUAGCAUGUGAUGGAAUAUGGGAUGUGUUGUCCAAUCAGGAAGUAGUAGACUUCAUCAGAUCACGCUUAGCACAGCGAAUGGAGCUUGAACAGAUCUGUGAGGAGCUGUUAACCCGUUGCUUGGCGCCAGACUGUCAGAUGGGCGGUCUUGGCUGUGAUAACAUGACCGUCAUCAUCCUAACCUUCCUCAAUGGUGGGACUUACGAAGAGCUGUGUGAUCGAUGUUUACAGCCAAGUGAUGCACGGCAACAAAACGGGAACCAGAGUGGGGGGUUUUACUCAUAAAUUACUGUUUCCUAUAAGAGUUUUAGGCUUCUUUCAGUCCCCUCCACAUCUGCUGUGACCGCAAAUAAUAAUGAAGUCGCAAGUAGCCCUUGCGUGGUAUAGCCAAUAAUAGAAAAUGUGGAGGAGACUGGGUUGUAUGGUUGUUUCCUUGUAUUUGAACUUUUUUUAAAUUCCUGUGUUUAGUCUUUCUUGGAGACCCAGGCCAAAGACGGAUUUUUGAGCAUUGUGUCGAGUGGCCUGUAGAUAGAUUUGUUUUAUUUCAUCCUUGCUUUAAAAAAAAUUAUCAUGCAUUAUCCCGUAUGGUGGCGACUUGCACUAAGAUACCAUGUAACCAUCUGAACGGUAAGCUCAUGCUAAAAUAAACACAGAAAAAAUGAUUUUAGCCGUCACAUUAGAGAGUGGCGAAAAAAUUACAGCUUCCAAUGAAAAUAAGCCCUUUCUAGCAUAAAAACUUCUAGCUGAUUCGUAAGCGCUGAAUAAGAUUUUAUUUUGUUGUUAUUUUGCCGCCAGAAGUCUAGAAGAUUACCACCCAAAAACUCCAUGAUUUCUUAGUGCAGAUCGCCCAUUCAUGGCCUUACUCUCAGCUUUUUUUACUGAGCACCUCCCGACCCAGGUUGUGCUAAUUCUUGGAAUUCCCUGAUGUCUUCAGCAGCUAUGGACAGAUUUAGUAGUAUUUUUCAAUUCUUCUUGUUUUGACCAUUAGUAUACCAGGAAGCAAGUGGUGAGGUCAUAGCCAGCUAUGUUUGAAGAAAUUUUACUGCAGACAAUGAUUACACCAAGAAUUUCCAAUCCAUACAGUGGUACCUCUCACGGCCAUACUCGCUAAAACAAGUCCACUAAAUGGAGGUUGGCUGCUAGGCCCAAAGGCAGACUUUUAUGAAAAGCAAAUUUUCGGACUUUGUGUUGUGGCUGCUGAAAAGGGUUGUUUGCUUUAUAGAGGUACCACUGAAUAACAAUUUCACAAAACUUUAUUUAAAACAUAUCAUGGUUAGGGACACAUACCUGAAUAAUGGGGAAAAAAAGAUUUGUAUCUUUGUCUGAAGGUAUGCUGACUAUCCCUUACGGCUAUACACACAGGCUCCCCUUCCCGGGUGCAUUGCAAUGUCUUUCUAAUCAUUGCAAUAAUCCACAUUUCGAGACAUCUUUGCGACCUUCGUAUAGCACUUUGAAUAUACAAAUAUACAUGUAACCAGCCACUUAAACGUAAAGAACGCGGCCAAAUUUGCUGCCAUAGCAAUGCAUCGUGGGAAGGGGGACAUGACCCCGGUAUGUUACUGGGUUAGUACGUUUCCCUAACUGAAAGCCUAUAUGAAGUACUGUCCUUGGGGUCACGUGGUAAUAUCGCCUUUCCAUGGCCCAUGACAGGUUUGCACCAAAGGAAUGUAAAAUAGUCAUAAUGUCAGUGGACUUUUUACUGCGUCUAUCUCUGUCCUUGUUUUGUAUGUGUGUGGAUAUUUGUGUAUAUAUAGUAGUGACAAAUAUAGAAUGAAAGGACAAGACGUGGAAACAAGUAGCAAGUAAAACACGAAGUUCGCAUA